UCCAUAUCAACACAGGCAGUCGGGCAUCACACCGCCAUAGGGCUACUACUUUCAGGCAUCUACUAUUUUGUUUACAUUACAGUUCUUGUGAUUACUUCUUGAAGAUUCGUGCUUUUGCCCUUGAUACUUGACAUUAUUUACAUCAGCUCAAUUGAUAGAGUUGGAGUGUUUCUAGAUUUCAAGUUAUGUCGGGGAGCGUUGAAAUGGAAGUUCAGUCAGAUGAUUCGCCAAUGCCGGCUGCUCCAAAAUCCUGGAUGCGCAAUGCAAUGGAGAGAAGUGGCCCAUUUUGCUUGCCAGACUUUGACCACAGACCCGGAGCUCUCCACAGUGUCCUGGGACAGAUCCAGGUGUUAGUUGUUGGCGCAGGAGGUCUUGGUUGCGAGCUGUUGAAAGACCUGGCGCUCAUGGGCUUUUCUCAGCUGCAUGUUAUUGACAUGGAUACAAUUGAUCUGUCCAACUUAAACAGACAGUUCCUGUUUCGAAGAAACGACAUCGGCAGAUCUAAAGCUGAGGUUGCUGCCAACUUCAUUAACAAACGAAUUCCAGGAGUGAAUGUCACACCGCACUUUUGUAAAAUUCAAGAUAAAGACGAGGAUUUUUAUCGGCAGUUCCAUGUGGUUGUCUGUGGCCUUGACUCUGUUCCUGCCAGAAGGUGGAUGAAUGGAAUGCUCCACUCUUUGAUAGAAUACGAUGAUGAUAACACCCCUAUUGCGGGCACAAACAUCCCUCUUGUGGACGGGGGCACGGAGGGUCUGAAAGGAAACGCGAGAGUGAUUUUGACUGGCAUAAGUGCUUGCAUCGAGUGCACAUUAGGGCUGUACCCUCCACAGGUAACUUAUCCCCUUUGCACAAUUGCAAACACGCCUCGUCUUCCUGAGCACUGCAUCGAGUAUGUGAAGAUAAUACAGUGGCCCAAGGAGAAUCCCUACCAGUGCGAGAUUGACGGCGAUGAUCCUGCUCAUUUGUGUUGGAUUCAUGAGAAGUCUGUCGAAAGGGCGUCUCAUUUUGGCAUCACUGGAGUUGAUUACAAGUUGGUGCAGGGUGUAGUGAAGAACAUUAUUCCUGCUGUGGCUUCUACAAACGCUUCAAUCGCGGCCGUCUGCGCCAAUGAGGUCUUCAAACUUGCCACUGGUGUAUGCAAACCCCUCAACGAUUACGUGGUCCUAAACCAAUCAGAUGGCGUGUAUACCUUUGCUUUUGCCAAUGAAAAACGGGAGGACUGUUUGGUAUGUGGAAGGAAAGCAAACAUAUUGAAUAUCAAAGAAGACGCAAAACUAGAGGAGCUCAUCAGCAAACUGUGCCAAGAUGACGGAGCCAGAAUGAAAAACCCAGGACUGACGACCAAUGUGAAUGGAAAGCAAAUGACACUCUACAUAGCCACUGUGCCAAGCAUCGAGAGGCAAACCAGGCCAAAUCUGAAGAAGACGCUCACUGAGCUUGGAUUGGUCAAUGGAGCCGAAAUUGUUGUUGCAGAUGAGACCUCCCCCAUGUCCAUGACUUUCAAGCUUAAUUUUAACUAGGCAAUUUGCCGUACUGUUGGUUAAUUAAAACGAAUUUCGUAAGAAUAUCAACAAUUA